AUGUCACGAUUUUUGGGCAAUAACGAAUUAUACGACGAACAUGCUGUAUACAAUGAAUUCUGCCCACCCCUUGAAGAGAUUGACGCAUCUACGCCUAUGCCGUUUGAUCUAUAUACUAAAUCUGGAGCGGCGGCAGUGGUGGCCCAAGGGAGCACCAAAUCUCACUACUCGCCUGAUCCACAAGGCAUCCCCCUCUACGACAGUGGUGAAAGGUCGGACCACCGUGUCUCCGUCCAGCGAAUUGCUUGGGUUGAUGGAUGGCGGGAGACCGUCACUAUCAAUGGCGAAGAAGAGCAAAAAGACCCCAUGACUCUUGUGGUUCUCAAGUUCUCUUUCAAAUCUUUCAGCGCAGAUCUCCAAAUCAAGACUAUGAGAGCAACUUUGACUUUUAAAGACUGCAACCAAACCCGUGGAGAUGACCCAGAAGUCCAGGCAUGGGCUCCUUUCUAUAAGUUGGAGAGGUCCAAGCACUCAGCAGCUGACGUCACAUCCUCCAGCAAGCGGAACAUGACCGCUUCGGGCGGCUAUAGCGGCUCUUCGCUUUCGAUUGGAUGGGACAAAGAAUUCACUGUCUCUUGGAAUCAGACUGCAUUUGACGAAGGCGUGUCUGAAAUGGAGUAUAAUAAGAAGGGGAGACCGUUUGGUGUCACAUGGUUUAUGAAACAGAACAAGUUGCAAAAUCACGGGAUCACGCCAGAGGUCUGGGCUACUGUACUCCUCAAGAGGAACAGUGCGCAUGAUCCAUACUUUGUUACUUUCAGAAUUGAUGUGCAAACGGGUACAUUCGACGACUUGAAACAUAAUGUUAAGCGGCUUCUGGGACUGAGACAAGGCGAUUCAAGCUCUUUUACAGUUACGCCUCGUCCAGGUAUGUGGGACCAAAGUAAUCACCACGCGGAAGGUGAAAAGAUAAGGAAAAACAAAGACAUUGAUCUUAAAAAUCUCGGAAAUUUGAUUGGUGGUGAUAAAGCAGAUUUUAACAAUGCUUGGAGCCCCCCAGUUGCGAAUAACAUCGCCACAAACCAAGAAUCAUCGUUACCAAGAACUACCAUCGGAGAUGAAGCCGAGACGUACAAAGUGGAAAGGUCAGAGGUUGCCAGCGCGCAACCACUAUUGUCGCAGCCACCGGCGCCGCCUUUGCCAUACAAGCCACUUGAUAGUACCAGUCAUUUGGGCGGUUUCAUCACGCAUGAGGAACAGCCUCAGCCAGCCUGGAGAGUGGAUGGCUUCAGCGUCGAGCAUGACUCCAGGAGGCUGACUGCUCUUGAAGCCCGAGCGGCACAGACGGAAGCACGCCUAGCAACUCAAGACAUCAUCAUAGCCCAGCUUCGACGAGACAUUGAACGUAGAGACGCUCAGUUGGUCAAGGUGGAACAAGCUCUGCGGGCCGUAGGCACUACAUUUUGCCAGCUCCAGUCACAAACAAACAUAAUCUCCUAA